AUGAACCUGGAUGAAGACAGCAGCCUGUCGGUCAGCUGUGGAAACGGCAAACUAAGGCAGUGGCUGAUUGACCAGAUUGAUAGCAGGAGAUAUCCUGGCCUGGUUUGGGAGAAUGACGAAAAAUCCAUCUUCAGGAUCCCAUGGAAACACGCAGGAAAACAAGACUAUAACAGAGAAGAAGAUGCCGCGUUAUUCAAGGUAUGAUCAUAAGAAAUAGAUCAUCAUGCUGCACCUGAAACCACUCACUACUGUACUUAAGUAAACAUGUUUUCAUGCAGUAACUCUUAUUUAGCUUUCAAACUCUUUCUUAAGUGCAAAUGACCAUCUUUGUUGAUUCUUUCAGGCAUGGGCACUGUUCAAAGGAAAAUAUAAGGAAGGAGUGGACAAGCCAGACCCCCCAACAUGGAAAACCAGACUACGCUGUGCUCUUAACAAGAGCAAUGACUUUGAUGAGUUAGUGGAGAGAAGUCAGCUGGAUAUUUCAGAGCCUUACAAAGUUUACAGAAUCAUUCCAGAAGAAGCCAAAAAAGGUAAAUAUGAUUAUAAAUGCAUUUAGAUAUUCACCCAUGUAUGCAGGAAAACAUGUUGGUUAUGUAAAUGAUGAAAUUAAUCUCCAGGGUCCAAACUUUGAUACCAAACUGUAAGACCUAAGGUGUGUCUCAUUUGCAUACACAAUAUAUUGCUGCCUUUCACACAGCAUCGCACAUUGUUUAUAGCUUCAUGGCAAUAUUUUUUUUGCACACACACACGCACCACUGCUGCUGAUUCUGAUGAGGCAGGAAGCACAAAGGAAGCCAAAGCUCGUACCAAAAAGGCCGUAGUGCUUUUUUUAGAGGGCUACGGUUACUAAGUGCAGGGUGCGCUACACACAACCAUACGACCUCCAGCCUUGCAUAACAAAGUCUCUACUAUCACAGAACAACAACUUUUUGUCACACAAGAGCAGUCCUUGCUAUCUUCACUGACAGUUAGCACUCAAAUUGCAAGCAGGUUUGAGACUGACAUUUGCCUCUCAGGCGUAUGUUGCACUUCUUUUUUUUUUUUUUUUGCAAAACACCCAUCAGCCGUACUAAAAUAGACGGACUUAGUAUGUGCAAAAAACAGUGAGAACCUAACAAAAUUCACACUUAAGUCUAAAUCUGUCAAAAUAAUCUUAUAAUCCUGCAUUAUUGGUUUUGUGCACAGGUAUGAAGAUGAGCAGCAUGGAGGAGAGCUCUUCACAUGUAAACACUCAUGGCCACAUCCCUGCAUACACAUCUCUCCACAACCAGGUCAGCAGACUGAUAUUGUGGCUUAGACUGAAACAAGCUAAUAAAUAUACCUGCAGGAUCAGCUGUAGUAAAAGUCUUAGAUUUAACCACAUCUAAUUUCAGUGAAUAUGCAUUCGAUUCCUCCUCAGGGACCAGGGUUUAUGCUCUCUCAGGAAAGAAGAGACUGGAGGGAUUACUCAGGGCCUGAGCAACAGCCUCUUCCUCAUCCACAUCACCCUGGGCCACAUGCUGAGGUGCAGUUCAGUCAGAGCCACUACCCGUCUGCGUUCAGUAGGGCCUGGCCUGGGUCCCACUCAGAGAACGGUAAAAUGUGCCUGAACUCACGACAACACUAGCUGGUCAGGAUUUUAAAACUACAUCUACAUAAUCAGCUGUAAGUCUGGGUGUAACUGUGGUGCUGCAGUGAUAAACUUUAGUAAAAGAUCUCAAACUUCAUCUUUUAUAUGACGCAGAUUUCCUGCUUGCUUUGAUAAGUGUAAUGCUUUUUUACAGUUACUUUUGUUCCCCUCUUUUUUAAACAUAAAAUUAAAUCUAUGUGUGUAAAAUGGGAUUAAAGUUAAUGAAACAUGAAAUAGCAAAGACACUGCUGAUACAAAAAAUAGACAGCAGGUUGAUGAUUUCCUCAUGUACGUUUGUGUCUGAUCAGUCUUUUAACUGGUGUCUUAAGUCGUCAAAAAAUACUAUCAGUGGUUAUACAAGAAUCUAGACUCUAAUAAGUUAUAAUAUUAGCACUUUUAAGGCUAGUCCUCAUACUCAUGAAUGUAUUAAUCCUGGUCAUUAAUGAACAAAGAAAUUAACAGAGAAAAAAGAGCUUGCCUUGUGGCAAAGUUAUCACUUGAUAUGGCUUAUUGUAAAAGAAAUAAGUGAGCAAGUAAUGUUUAGCAUUGUUGGUACAUCUAAUAAGAAUCAUGAUGGCAGCCAAGUUUAAACUGGGUCAUAUUAAAAGGACAUAAAUCUAAAUUCUAAGGGGGCAUAUUUAGCAGCUUUGCAACACUGAUGUGCUAAAAAAAAUAGACACAUUUUUCAAUAUGGCCCGGCUUUGCCAGCAGCUUUAAGAUAUGCAAAUUUCCCACAUCCUUUAGAUCUGUGUUUACACAGAAAGGAAACAUCUCUGCAAAGAAAUAGUAAAAUUACCUUUAACCCUGAAUACUCUCCUGUCUGGCUGGUAUUUAUUUAACUCUUUUUUUUUUGUGCAGGCUUUCAGCUGUCCUUCCACACCUACUUUUCAGAGUCCCAGCCUCCUGCGUACACAUCGGAUCAGAAUAACACCAUCACAGGUAUCUCGGGUCAUUUUUGGCUCAUUGAGAGUUAGGGUCACUCUCAUGCUUGUUUUUUUAUAGAUGCUUUCAUCUGUAGAUAAGUAAAAAAAGACACAGACCUACUUCCCCUUUUUAAGCUUAGAAUCGCAGGUCGAUGAUAAUAGAUAAAAAAAGGGGAUGGAAAAAAAACUUGGACUGAUAAUAAAUAAAGUUUUCUAAAAUGAAGUCUUCUUCAGGAUAAAACUGCUUAUUUCUUGUCUCUUUCUUCCAGAUAUCAGCUUGCAUGUAUCCCUCUACUACAGAGACUCUUUAGUGAAGGAGGUCACCACCACCAGCCCAGAAGGUUGUCGAAUCACCUCUUCUUCAUCCUCGUCUCCAUCCUCCUCUUCCUCCUCCUCUUCUCCAUGCCAAGACGACAAGUUUCACAGCGGGGCAGAGGUCAUCCUUUUUCCAUUCCCGUACCCGGAGUCUCACCGGCAGGGUGCUGAGUUGCUGCCGAACGUCCUGGAGAAGGGGCUGCUUCUUUGGAUGACAUCUGAUGGGUUAUACGCCAAACGCCUCUGUCAGGGACGAGUGUACUGGGAAGGACCCCUGGCUCCGUAUUCAGAUAAACCCAACAAGCUGGAAAAAGAGCAGCCAUGUAAACUGUUCGACACCCAGCAAUUCCUCAUCGGUAAGUCUAGUUGAGUUCACAUCUGCAGGUGUAGGAAUGAUUACUUUAACAUCUAUGUAAUAUGUGCUGCAAGAUACAGAUCUCAGAACUGAUUCUAGUGAGGUUUCUGAUGUUUAAACCUGUUCAAUUCAUUUUUUGUCUGAAUUUACAAAUCAUCAAAUUUACUCUGACGGACUUUCAGUCUGUACAGCAUUUUGAAUCCUCCAUUUUUUAAAAAGCAACAUUAUCAAAGGGGAUCAAUUUCUCAUUUCAAGUCCAAGCUCUGUGUUUUAAACUCCAUCAAAAGUAAAAUAACUAAAAACUUCAACUUUUCAUGACAUUUUUUUUGUUUGUUUUUUUGUAUUGAUUUUCAGAUGUGGAUAUAAUUUCCCACAGAGGUGCACAUUUCUAGUCCUCUGACCACUCAGAGGAGCAUCAAAACUACUGUAUGUGUCUUAUUUCACACUCAUUUACACGCUGUUUGUCGAAGCUGCAGCAAACAGUGGGGUGUGAGCCACAAUGCUUUAUUAUAAUGAGAGACAUCCCGCUCUACCACAAAGACAAAGCCACCCAAGAUUGUGAGAUAGUGAGGUUUAGAAGAAGCACAGUGCACAUUUUUUAACCUAUUGUUUUCCCUUAUCUUUUGAAAUGGAAAUACCAUUUUUUUGUGUUAAAAAUCUAAAUUUAUAAAUGAAAUAGUUCAUAAACAGUCCGGGACGUGCUCUGAAGAAAAAAGCCUCCAGCCAAACACAUAAAUAGCAGAUGGUUUAGCGAAAAUGGGUAAAAAAAGAUUAGCAAGAGCUUGAAAUUAAGAGCUUAACCAACACAUUAAGUCCAAAGCCCAAAAUAUUUGAUUGAUUUCUUUAUAAUUUUUAGUUUGUGAUAUUACAACCCAUAUACAAAUGUGUGAAAAGAUUUUAAAUAAUGUUCCGCAAAUCUGUGAUUUUCAGUCUUUAUCAGAGAGAAUUGAAUCUUAUCCCCUCUUACUUUUUGCAUUAUGAUGUAGUUUCAUUCAAGUGUGGUCAAUGUAGCUCUUACUGCUAAUUAAACUGUUCAACGAUUACAAGAAUACACUUUUAGAGCUAUUCGCAGAAUGACUGUGGUUGUGGUUGUUUUGAUAAGACCUGUGUUGAUACUAGUGAAUGUAAUGAAGGCCUAGUUAUAGGUAUAGCUGUUUUUUGGCAAGUCCCUUUUCACACUAUGAAGCUAGUGACAUUCACAUCGGUGGUCCAAUGUGUAGAGUCCCCGCCCACCUCCUGUGGUCACCACAGCAUGACAAGGUGGUGUUUUCUGUGUUAAUUCACCAUGAUAUUUCCAACACCCUUCAUCAGUGGUUUCCAAAACUUGGUUAUUAGGAGGGAAAAUGUGUGACUGGUUUGGGUUUUUUUAAUGGUUCUUCUGUGAAUUUUAAUGUGGUUUUCUUAAGUGGUGUGAUAAGUCUAGCACGUCUGGUUGGGUCUGGGUUUUGUAUCUCAUUUGGAUUUCUUCUCUUGCCGUUCUUACAGAGCUUCAGGAUUUUGUUCAUAAUGGGCGGCACUUGCCGAGACAUCAGGUGGUGCUUUGCUUCGGAGACGAGUACCCCGACCCACAGCGCCCGAGGAAGUUGAUCACAGCACAGGUAUGCAUGUCCUAGACUUAACCAUGCAAGCUUCGUUUCACAUGAAUUUGUCAGGUGAUUAAAAUAUCACCUUCUCAGUCAGGCAGGCUUUUACAUUUUUGUUGAAAAAAUAUUGUCAAUAUUGUCCUUCAAACCUAAGCCCAGUCUGAAUAUAAAGCCAAAAUUAUGUUAAGGUUUUCUGUUCACAGAUUUUUAAUAGUCAGUGGUAUAAAUUCACACUUGUGACUGUCAAAGACACACCCAGCCUGAAACUUGAGUUGAGUUUCAUUCUUUACUUUCCCACUUAUUCUUACUUUCUCUUAUUUGCUGCCUGUAGCAACAUGAAACUGAUCUUGUCAUUUAUAAGAGUGAAGCAUGUUCUCUCUAAAUAGAGGUGAAGGACAACUACCCUGCCCACAACAAAAGGGGAAACUAUCUGUCGCUCUCCCUCAACUUUGUGUUCUGUGGAGGUGCCUCCUCGUCACUUCCUCAGGAAGCCUAAGAAAUCUGCUAGACUCUUUAUUUUUACCGGACAAACUUAAGAAUCUGAGACUAAGCUGCGCAGGUCCUUGUCUUGAACUUUGUUCGCUUAAGCGUUUAACUUCUGAUCAUCCAGUGGAAACAUUUUCUAAUAAAAGCAGCCACGGAAGGGGGGCUAAAUUUACAAAUAAUGUUAGCUUUUUCUACUUGAGUUUUAUCUCUGGUAGACAAAAAGUGCUAAAAUAACGCUUAAAUAGUGAUUAAAUUUAAUGUUUUAUUCAAGCUGAAGACAUCAUGUUAGCAUUCUAACCUUUGCUUGCUAACUGUAGAACUAGCUGUGUUCCUCUAUGGUUGUGCUCUGCCCCAAAUGAGUCCUCAUUAAGCAGUACUGUGCUGUGAUUGGCUGCUAAUCAUUGCAGAAAAGUUUGACUUGUUUGGGCUUGAUGUAAGGAUGGUCUUUGAGGAGACAGCAAAAAGCCCCAAUUGAUUUGGUAUUUAAAUGCAAACCUCUAACCCCUUUUUAAACAUAACCAGGUGUUGAUGCUCUGUCUAUUUAACAAUAUUAACCACACACAUUGCUUUCCGUGGAUACCCCAAAUGAUGGGUUAGGGUCAAGACAGGAUUAGGGUAUGAGUGAAAGUAUUAAAGCUCUGAUCAGAAAGAAGUUUGGCACUCAUAUUCCAGAGCUGAAGGUGUCAAAUAACUGUUUUGUAGUUUGUUCUGCUCUUUGUUUAAAAAUCACUAAUAGAUAAUGUAUGUGAACCUGAUUUUCUUCCAGGUGGAGCCAGUGUUUGCAAAAAAACUGGUCUACUAUUAUCAGCAGAACCAUGGCCACUAUCUGCGGGCUUUUGAUAACAGCCAGGAGCAGAACACACCUCCAACCAUCGACUAUCCCGCCCAGAGGCCGCUACAGCACAUUCAGGAGUAA